CUACAUAAUACCGAUACAGCACCAGCAUGGCCACUCAUCAAAUUUCCUCUCAUCUUCCCCACUCAACCGCGUUCUGUCCCCCCUGAAUCUUACCACCGAGACCGAAUCCUCCGGCACAACGCGGCAGCCAAAAAAUGGCCGAAGAAGAAUUGACUCAACCCUGGGGCUGGCUUCCAGCGGAGCAGCAUCUGAUACGCAACUGGGACCCCGCCUCACCUCUCCCAGCGACCUCUCAGCGCCGUUCCCUGAUCCGCGCCUUCCUCGACCAGGGCGACGUCCCGGGGGAAUACGAGCCGUCGCGCGACGGCACGCCGUCUCGGAUCCCCACCGCCGCCGAGGUGCGCGACGUCCUGGCGCCCUGGCGCCCGCUGGCGCUGCGCAGGAUCGCAUGCUUCAUGUGGCCGAGCUACGAGCACGAGCUGGUGAUCCUGCGCACGCACUACGGCACCGGCGGCGGCGGCGGCGGCGGUGCGGACGACGCCAGGCUGCGGGGGUGGAUCGACGUCGAUUCGGAGGCGGAUGUUUUCUUCAACCCGGAGGCGCUGUGGUGGCGGUUGCUGGAUGACGAGGAGCUGUUUGGGUUUGGGGACGAGUGGGAGAGGGUGUUUGAUAUACUCCCCGAGCUGGUGGGGAGGCAGGGGAGGCUUGGGGGUGUGCGGCGGACGAUCGCGGCUGAGGACGUGGAGGAGGCUCGCCUGGAGGAGGACCCCGAGGAGGAGAUGCGCUAUCUGGCGUUUACGCUGUCGGCGCCGACGCCGCUGCUUGUGGCGGAUAAGAGGGCGUUUGAGGAGGACAAGCUCCGGGUCUUGUUUCUCGAUGCGCAUGGCAACAUUGUUAAGGAAUCGAGGAUCACGCCGGGGGAGAUGGGGACGCUGAAAGAGGAUGCGACAAAUGUUAGGACUCCCAUGUGGUGGAAGUAUGGUGAUAUUGGUCCAAAGUAUAAGCCGGAUGGGGAGAUUGGACGGUUGCUGUAUCCGUCCGAGUAGUGCAGUGCUCCUCGCAGCUAGGAAUUCGACGAGCUUUGGACUUUCAAGUAGUCGAAUGAAGAGGUGAAUACAAUGUAACAA